CUCUCGCCGUGUAUAUGCGCGCGCACGUCAUUUUGCGUUCGUCGCCGUCGCCGGGAAUCUCCUCCGCCGCCGCCGCCGCCACCGCCGCCGCCGCCGCCAUGGGGAGAUUAGGGCAUUAGAAUCGAACCUCGCCCUCGUUCUCCCUUCCCUUCCCUUCGUUCCGCGCGCGCGCGCGCGCGGAGAGAGAUCGCGAAGCAAUGUUCGAAGGCCUGGUCCGCCAGCUGCUGCUGGGGUACCUCGGCCGGUACGUGAAGGACAUCCAGCGGGAGCAGCUCAAGAUCACCCUCUGGAACGAGGAGGUCCUCCUCGAGAACGUCGAGCUCAUCCUCGAGGCCUUCGACUACCUCCGGCUGCCCCUCGCCCUCCGGGAGGGCCGCGUCGGCCGCCUCAGCAUCAGGAUCCCGUGGAAGAAGCUCGGGUGGGACCCCAUCAUCAUCGUCCUCGAGGACGUGUUCGUCCGCGCCUCCGACCGCCGCGACGAGGAGUGGACUUCGGAGGCCGUCGAGAGGAGAGAAUUCGCCAGCAAGAAGGCGAAGCUUGCCGCUGCCGAGCUCGCGAAGUUAUCGCGACGCAUGAACGAUAAUGAGGCUGGGCAGUCGUUUAUUUCCUACAUUAGUGCAAAGAUACUUGACAGCAUUCAAGUCUCCAUCAGAAAUGUUCAUAUUCUAUACCAAGCUAAUCAGAACAACUUGCAGAGUACUUCUGCGCAGAUGAUUUUUGGUUUGAAGUUAUCCAGCUUAAAAAUUAUGAAGCAGAUGUCUGUUAGGUAAUAUUUAUAUCGACUGUUGAUUAGGUCUCAUCCUCAUUUUCUUAAAUGGUUUUAUGGGAAUUGAUUGGAUCUGUGAUGUCAGUAGAGGGUGAAUUAGGGCUUGGCAGUAUAUGUGUUGCUGUUCUGAGGAAACUUCAUAAGUCAACUUGAUCCCUCUCUUUAUCUUCUAUUUGUCAUAAGAAAGGCAUUUGGAGCUUUUGAAAGAGAGAAACUUCCUUAGCGGUUUUCACUUAUGGUUGAGAUAACUUUAUGGAGAAACAUAGUGAAAAUGUCGGAUUGCAUUUACAAGUUCUUGCAGAUAGUGUACAUUAACUAGCCUUGUAUUUUAUGUCCUCUUUUAAAAACUGUGUGUACAUGUUGGCACCCCCUUCGUGUCCUCUGUUGAAACAUUUAGCUUAUUUGCUUAUAAAAAAGGAGAGAAAAGCCAGCAUUUGCAUCAACUCGAGAUGGAAUUGGGGAAUUAGAUCAU